AUGUCUCCGAACCUCGACCCCGCCGUCCUCCGAGAGCUUUCGCGCCUCGACCCCGCGGUGCCUUUCCGCGCUUCCUCCGACUAUCUCCACCACACGUGGGCGAAGACCUUUUACUCGCGACCCGAACUAUACCUGCGACCGCAGUCAAUUCCCGAGAUCGAGAAGGUGGUGACGUUGGCUCGGCGAUGUCGUCGUCGCUUGGUGGUUGUCGGAAGUGGCCACUCGCCUUCCGACCUGACCUGCACGUCGGCGUGGCUGGUCAAUCUGGAUGACUUUAACCGGGUGCUGGACGUUUCGCAGGAGACCGGGAUGGUGACGGUGGAGGCGGGGAUCCGACUGAGGGAUUUGGGCGCACAUUUGGAACAGUUUGGCCUAUGCCUGUCCAAUUUGGGUAGCAUUGACGAUCAGUCGAUCGCCGGGGUGAUUACAACGGGUACGCACGGGAGUUCUCUGUGCCAUGGAUUGAUCUCUGAGUGUAUCACGUCUCUUACCUUGAUGCUGGCGAAUGGGCAGUUGGUGCGCUGCAGCGCGACCAGUAACGCGGCGCUCUUCCGGGCGGCUCUGAUCUCUCUCGGAGCGCUGGGCAUCAUUGUGGAGAUCACUUUCAAGGCGGAACCCACGUUUAAUAUCGCCUGGCGACAGACCCGGCGCUCGCUGUCUAGCGUCUUGGACGAGUGGUCAACUGGGGUGUGGACCUCGCAUGAGUUUGUUCGCGUCUGGUGGAUGCCAUAUCUGAAGAGUGCGAUUGUGUGGCAUGCCGAUAAAACCGAUCGGCCUCUGCAGGCCCCACCCGCAAACUUCUACGGCGAAUGGUUUGGAUAUCAUGUGUACCAUAACCUGCUGGCCCUCUCGAAUUAUGUCCCCCGAAUCCUCCCGUGGGUGGAGUGGUUGGUGUUUGGGUUGCAAUACGGGUUCAAGGCCGAGUCAACAGUGACUGAAGCGGUGGAGCCGGCCCGUCAAGGCCUGUUGAUGAAUUGUUUGUACUCGCAGUUUGUCAACGAGUGGGCACUACCUUUGGAAAAGGGUCCCGAGGCUAUUACCCGUCUGUCCGCCUGGCUCCACGGCGACAUGGAAACCGCGCGGAUCCCGCUGCCUGUCCAAGGCGUGUGGGUGCAUUGUCCAAUCGAGGUGAGAGUGUCCGACACGACGCACAACCGAAACCCACGCCCGUUCCUUGACCCUACAUGCGCCGACGGACCCACGUUGUAUCUCAACGCGACUCUCUACCGACCAUAUCUCCGGGAUCCUCCGUGUAUGGAGCGGUAUUACGAGGCGUUCGAGUGGCUUAUGCGCGAGAUGGGGGCGAAACCACAUUGGGCGAAGAAUUUCAGAACGACAGGGCCGCAAGAGCUGCGCGAGCUUUACGGCCAGGAUAUGGAUGAAUGGUUGGACGUGCGCCGGGAAGUAGACGUCGACGGCAUGUUCCUUGGCGAAUGGCAUCGUCGCAACCUUGCUCUUCUCCCCCGUGGCGAAAAUGAGUCAAAGGCCGCGGAGCCGGCUAUUCUUCCUCUCAUGGAGCGCGAGAAGGCCCGUCGCAAGGCGGACAUUCAUGGAGCCGGCGAUGGAAUGGAGUGGAUUGGAGACAAGUCGUGGCAGGCGCAUUCAGGGAACCAGGAUGUUCCAUCCAGUCGGGAGAAGAAAGAGUAUGUUUUCCCGGACGGCGUGAAUGCAAGUUCUCCCACGACAGCGACCAGCGAGGAAAGUUUCGACGUACUAGCCGCUGGUGAGGCUAGCAUCCUUCUUUCAGAUGACCGCUUGUAA